AUGAUCACACCCACUAAAAAACUGAAACUCACUCCGAGCCUUUCAUCCAAAGGCGACAUGACCACUGAAAAUAAUUCCGAGCAACUUACCGUGAGAGCUCCCACGAUGAUGAUGCAGGGACUUGUUACGAUGGAUCAUGUAUUGUCCACUCUUGAAACCGAUGAAUACAUUAGAAAAGCAAAAGCUCACAAGUGGAAGAAGAGCAAAGUAGGACGUUCGUCCUCGCAAAGCAAUGUAGAUGACUAUUCCGUACGGAAUAGUGCUCAGUUUGAAUUUGAAGAUGAAAAGUUGGCCCAAACCAUGUUCAAGAUUGGUGAAAGAGCACUGAACGACAUGUUUGCAGGACCGAAUGCAAAAUUUAUUCCGGUUGGUAUUGAUUCGAAUUGGAAAUGUUACAGAUACAAGAAGGGUGAAUUCUUUGGAAAACACAAAGACUCUGGUCGUAGUGUGAAUGACUGCAAAAGUUUUGUGACUGUGCUCAUUUACUUGAAUGGACAUGAAGAUUUGGAAGGUGGAGAAACAAUAUUUUACGGACCUGGAUGUAAGGAAGGUAUCAGUAUUCAUCCAACCCGAGGAAAAGCGGUGUUCUUUGUUCACCAAUUAGACCACGAAUCUGUAGAGGUGACAAAGGGUACAAAGUACAUUUUGAAAUCUGUUGUUCUAUUCAAGAAGAAUGAAAAUUAUGGAAGAAACAACUCGUAUAGUCAAACACCAACAGACCCAGUUUCAGGGUUAAAACUCUUUGAAUUCCCGGAAAGAAAUCCUCAAAUAUUCAAAACCUUUGUCCUUCCAGUGUUGAACAAUGAAGUUCUUCCAAACAGUGUCACAGACCAAGCCUUAAAGGACAAGCUGGAUUUUGAAUUUAAAUUUUGGGGCCUUUUAUCUCCUUUUGAUCCACUGUUGACCAUAUCUACCGAGCAGGAGCUUCUUUCAAAAGAAUAUACUUCCAUUUCAACACUACUAAGGCAUGAUCUGGAAGAAAAGCUUUGCAUGAUGGAAUGGAGAUUACAAUUUCUAAACAUUUUAGAAAAGGUCAAAAUCAAGAAAGAACAAUUCUCUCCCCUCUUGUUCGAACAAGACUCAUUACAGGAAAUCAUGAAAAAUAACAAGAGCAAAUUUUCCAAAGGGAGUAAUAUCACCACACAAAAGUGGAAAUUCUAUGACUGGAUAGCACAAAAAAUUGAAGAACAUCUCUCUACCAAAUACGAAGUUCUGCCACUGAAAUAUCACUAUGAUUCCAAUGCUUUCCUUAUUGGCCACGAUCGACACUUGUAUGAAAUGUGUGAAAAGACAUUUGGUGAGCAAGCUGUUUCUAUUCAACAAAUUCAAUUUAUUCACGAAUCUCAUUCUAUGAUGGAUUCACGAUGUGAUACUUCUUCCUAUCCAAUGCAAUCUGUGACCGAUGAAAUGGUCGAGCGUUGUGAAAAGAAUGGAUAUUAUCACACUUUUAGAAGUUAUUUGACUGAUCAAUUGAACGAAGAAAAAAUCACAACUGUAAGCGAAAUUUUGAAACGUUUCGAAGGAGUAUGCAUCACAAUGAAAUACAAGGAUUUAAUAUUACAUGGAAGACAAGAGAAGAGCUGGCAAGGAGAGUACAAUGACGAAUAUUAUCCAAGCUACUCGUUAUUUGUUUUGUGUGCCUUAGUAAUUGACUAUUCCAAAUUGAAAUAA